AUGGCAAGGAAGAAGAAAUCACAAUCUCAAAGCACAUUGUUCUUGAUUCAAGGGAUGGAUUUGAAAUGGAAUCUUCGAUUAGCUUGUUUGUUGUUCUUAUUCGCAUGGGUGGCAAAAGCCACUUCACCCGCGAAAGUUUUCAAUGUGAAGGAUUUUGGUGCAAUUGCAGAUGGUAAAACAGAUAAUAGCAAGGCGUUCUUGGAUGCUUGGAAGGAGGUGUGUUUUUGGGAUGGUAUGGGAAGGCUUUUGAUUCCAAAAGGGAUAUUUCUUGUUGGUCCAGUGGUGUUCAAAGGGCCAUGCAAGGGCCCUGUGACAUUUCAAGUAUCCGGAGUGGUGAAGGCGCCUAGUCUUGAGCAAUUCAAAUCAGAUGGUUGGGUAGAAUUUCAAUACAUAAAUGGCUUGAUGAUCACGGGUGGUGGAACAUUCGAUGGGCAAGGAGCUUUAGCUUGGCCACACAAUAAAUGCCCUAAGACGGUGAAAUGCAAGCUCUUACCAACAUCCUUAAGGUUCAGCUUUCUUACGGACACAACCAUUCGUAGUAUAUCUUCAGUUAACAGCAAGCUCUUCCACAUGAACAUGUUCAACUGCAAGAACAUCAAGAUCCAGUCUAUUAACAUUUCUGCGCCUGGAGACAGCCCUAACACAGAUGGUAUCCACAUAGGAGACUCAAGUGGGGUAAAGAUCUCUCGUUCUAUGAUAGGCACGGGUGACGAUUGCAUAUCCAUUGGGCCUGGCAACUCCAAUAUCUCCAUCUCCAAUGUAUUAUGUGGACCAGGGCAUGGUAUCAGUAUUGGCAGCCUUGGAAAAUAUCCCAACGAAGGUGAUGUUGUCGGUGUAAAUGUAAGGAAUUGCACACUCACAGGCACCACCAAUGGCAUAAGGAUCAAGACAUGGCAAGACUCUUCUAUUUUAUCUGCAUCGAAUUUCAAGUUCCAAGAUAUAGUCAUGAACAAUGUCUAUAAUCCAAUCAUCAUAGACCAAGAGUAUUGCCCAUAUACUUCUUGUGCCCAAGAGUCUCCUUCUCGCGUUAAGAUCAGUGAUAUUAGCUUCAUGAACAUCCAUGGUAGUUCAAGAUCUCAAGUAGCAGUCAAUCUCUUGUGCAGUAAAGGCGUGCCAUGUCAGAAUGUGGAACUAAGAAACAUUAACCUGGUGUAUAAUGGAUUGGGUGGACCUGCCACAUCCUCAUGUUCUAACAUCAAGGGAACUUCCUUUGGCCCACAAAGUCCUCCAUCUUGCCUCUAAUCCUCUUCAUUCUUCCAAUAGUUAGUUUCCUAAUAUUGA